UGUCAUGUUGACAAAUUGUGUCAUUUGUGAAAAUGCUUGAUUGUUGAUUUGAUUGAAAAUAAUACUAUUUUAUCGUAAAAUGUCUAAAUUACGGCAAGUUUUCAGGACAUCUUACUGUCGGUACUACAGUGCACAACAAGCAAAUAAGAAACUACCAAUAAUAUCAUGUAAGCGGCCAGAAUUUAAUCAUUACGAGGGUCAAACGUAUUCAAAGUUUGAUGGCAUUAAACUAGCUUCCAAAGGCUGGCUGCAUCCUAAAUCAAAGAACGAUUACUUUAUAGUUCAUGGGAAUGCAAAUAAGCCGGAAUCUGAGCCAUCAUACAGGAAAAGUUUUGAGGAAAUUGGUGUGAAUCCUGAACUUAUUGAGGUUAUGGCAAAUUUGGGGUACACCUUGCCUACUUCUAUCCAAUCCAAAGCGAUCCCUGCUACUUUAGAAGGUUAUAAUACGAUGGUGACGGCCGAGACCGGAUGUGGGAAGACAUUAGCCUAUUUGCUGCCAAUUAUUCAGCACAUUAUAAACUGGAAACCAAGUUUGAAGAAGCAAGAGUUUAACAGCCCUCUUGCUGUAAUUAUAACGCCAAGCCGAGAAUUAGCAAUGCAGAUUGGCGAAGUGGCACAAAGCAUAGCUCAGGUGUUCGACAUAAAUGUCAGCACACUGAUAGGUGGGAAAACAAAGAAGAAAAUGUUGGACCCCCCAAUAGAAUACACAGAUAUACUUGUGACAACCCUGGGAGCGUACAGUAAACUGGUGACCACUGGAAUAUACAAGAUAGAUAAUGUACAUCAUGUGGUGUUGGAUGAGGCUGAUACAUUGUUGGAUGAUAGCUUUUUGGACAAAUUAGCACAUUUGCUAAGGAAGUUUUCUAUCCAUCACAAGGUGACCAUCAGGUCACCACCCUCCGGUUGCCAGCUGACGAUGGUGAGUGCCACCAUGCCGGUGGAACUGCCCGAGGCUAUCAACUCCUUUGUGGACCCGCAGUCACUCCGAACAAUCUCUACCACGAACAUACACAGACUUAUGCCACAUGUGCCACAGAAAUUCAUACGUCUCGGCAAAGCGCAGAAGACACUAGAACUACUGAAGCUAGUCCAAGCCGACGUCAACCAGAAACGUCCAGUCAUGAUAUUCUCCAACAAAACAGCUACCUGCGACUUUGUAUGCAUGUUUCUGAACGAAAACGGCAUAGAGUGUAUAAAUAUUAACGGGCAAAUGGCUGUACCGUUGAAGAUUGGCAAGUUUGACGCGUACAAAAACGGGAAAGUCAACGUGAUCUCGUGCACAGAUAUCGCGUCGCGUGGAUUGGACACUAUUCGGACCCACCACAUAAUAAACUUCGACUUCCCGCUGUACACGGCAGACUACAUCCACCGUUGCGGGCGCACGGGGCGGCUGGGCUCACCUCCCGGCUGCCACGUGACCAACCUCAUCGCCUGGCCGAGAGAGGUCGAGCUGGUCAUGAAGAUUGAGGCCAGUGUGAGGAAAAAUGGGGAGUUGCCCAGUGUCAAUGCGAAUAUUAAGAGGAUUAUACAGAGUCGGAUUGCGGCUAUGGGCGCGGUUGCUGCGUAAGUUUGUAAAUUAGAUUAGAUAUCUAUA